AGAUGCAGGGCGGCAAUACUUGGAGUAUUUGUAACUGGUAGAUUUUGAUUUUCCUCUGCUCUUGUUUGUUGUAUACCCGGCGCUCUCCCUGUGCUUAUUAAUACUAGAGAAAGCCUCCUCAGCAUGAAAUUGAAACGGCCUUAAACCCUCUUCACGUCUUCCUAUUCACCUUCUAGCGACGCGACAUCAAAAAAAUGAAGCCACAACAAGCGACACAGAAGCUCCAUUUCGGCUACGACCUGGCGUUCGUAGCACAGAAGAUUUUCGCCGAACGAGAUGCGAAAUUCGGAACGCGACCUCAAUUUCGCGUAGGUCUCCAGUUUCCUACUCGGGAAGAGUCAGUGCCGAGUGUCAGGGUCUUGACUCGAGAACUGGAUUUGUUAGAAGAGGAGAGUUCUGGUGCUAGUUCCAGUUCAACAUCCACCAGGAACAACAGGUCAAGUAGCGGAGUUGUUGCAAAUGAUGAAAAACCACCUCCACGAAUUCAGCUCUGUAUCCUUGGCGACUCGGACUAUGGUCAUUGCUGCGUCGACGAGAUAUCGGCGCAGCACUACGAUUGCGAUCUGAUAGUGCAUUUCGGGCACACCUGCUUGACUAUUCCACGUAGGAUACCGACACUCUUCUGCAUGAGAUGCAGACGACUUGACUUGGUCAAAAAUGAGGGAGCAGAUGAAAAUGGGUCUGCACUAGAUUCUUGUUGUGUGUCUGUGCGACGGGCGUUGAAGGAAAUAUGCCAAUCUUCGUCUGGUAGGUCAUCUUCAUCCUCGUCCACGUCUCCCAAACGAACUAUGCUGAUUUACGACGCUGGCAUUCCAGAAAGGGAAGUGUGCGAGCUAUUGAAGCCUGAUUACAUUUGCGUGGUGCCAGAUUCACUGGAAGAAGGUUUUUCGGUUUUCGAAGAUGAAGGACAGCUGCAAGUAGAAGUAGGACUCUGUCGUGGUCAUACUAUUACUAGCACAGCUGGAUCAUCUUGUUCAAGAAGUUCAACAUGCAGCAAGACCAACAGCACCACUGGUGGAAAUGGAAAAGCGAAGAAGUCUGGAUCGAAGAAGGGAACGAAAGUAGAUGUAGCGGUCGUGACAUCAGAGGAAUCUGUUGUGGAUGCAGCUAUGUCCAUCAGGAGAUCCACUACCUUCUUUUCCGUCUCUCUGCAUGCGACUGCCCUUGGCUUAACGCCUGACUGGUAUCGUCGCUUCUUCACUCCCGCUGAGGUGACGACAGUUUGCGGUCGCGAAGUGAUGUCAAUUAGGCAGCGAUAUCCUGAUUUGGCUCCACCAGGUUCCUCUUCAUGCACAGCAUCGUCGGAGUUCCGUUACGUGUACGUAGGAUGUCAGCAUGAUCUUUUGCAAACUCUGAUCGUGCGUUUUGGGUCUGUAACACAUGUCGACACUAGAGACCUGCCUUUCUUGAACGACGAUGAAGAAGCUUCAUCUAGAUCGCCUUCAUCUGCUGGAGAAACAAGAAGUCCGACAUCUACUUCAAGAAGUCCUUCAAGUGCAGACACGGACUCUGUUGACUCAGUCUACAACAUUCCGCACCAGCAGAGGUUGCAACACCAUGACAGCAGUGAGAUGAUGCGACAGCGUUUUUCUAGCGGCGUUAUGGCUUUGCAACGGGCCAAACACGUAGGACUCCUUUUCGCAGCUAUGGACCGACCUUACUUACUGCCCUUAGCCUCCCAUCUCGAGAAGCAUCUAGCUUUGGCAGGCAAAGCGACGUAUCGGGUGUCAGUCGGAAAACUGGAUGUCACCAAACUGUGCAAUCUCGAGGAAAUCGAUUGUUGGAUUCUACUCGCUUGUCCAGAACGAUUCUUCGCCUUCCUAAGUGAGCAACGGGAGUAUCCGAAACCGUUUAUAUCUCCGUAUGAGGCUGAAGUGGCGUUGGACUUGAGACCUUGGGAUGGAUAUUGCGGAUACAAGGCAGACCCUUCGGAUCUGGGCAAAGAUGCAGCUGCUGCUUUGGCGGCAGACAUGGCUGAAGUACAUAGACAGGCACAGGCAGACGUAGGGGGUGGAGCACGAGUAGGAAACGACGAGAGAAUAUUAGGUCAACAUCAACAGAAUCAUCUAACCUUUGACAACUCCCGUCGAGCUUGGCAAGGUUAUGAAGAUGAGCCAGCGCCCAUUGCAACCGUUGAACAAGGAAUGACGGGAAUUGCUUGCAAAUAUGAUGAUGAACAAUAGGUAUAGCGUGCGACUGCUUUUACCCCACAAGCUUAUACCAAUACCUCCCUACCAUCAAUACCAACAGACUCCAACAUAGUAACAACUUGAAACGAGAGAACAUCUGGAUCUGCAAAAUGCAGUUUGCUAAGAUCAUCAUCACGUCUCUAGACAU